GUGGGCGCUGCCCUUCACUCCUCAAACCCAAUUCAGAACAAUACGCCACGUGACAUAUUGGAUCCGGUACUUGCGCUCCCUUCAGCUUAGGCAUUAGGGUUCUCUCUUUCUUUCACACAUGACUUGUCUUCCGGUCUACUCUCUCCUUCCGUUUCUUGUUCAGACGCAGAAGACGAAAACGACAGCACGAACAAACAGAAGCUAACUUUGGAAACCCAGAUAGUGAAAUUUAGAAGUGGUGGUGGGUCCUCCACUCCUCCCUGUGUCUCUCUCUGUGUUGAUAAUUGUCGGCGGUCGCCGGUUGGUUGGCCGUAGAUGGGGUGGUGGGUACCGACAUUGACAGAUGAAGUGGAGAAUUCAAGUUCAAGAUCAGCAACAAUGACGGAUGAAGAAUCCAUUUAACGGCAGAUUCUCAUUCUUGUUGUAGAAGACUUGUUGAGUUGAAUUCUUGGAACCUGUUACUGUGUACGAAUGCUUUGUUGGUUAUUUUAAUGGUGGCGAGAAGGGCUCGAUGAUCACCGGUUUCUUCCUCCACCACUGCAAUCCCAUUGUUAUUACCCAAUUAAAAAGGAGGAUUCUUUAGAGCAUGUCUGAUUUGGUUGCCCGAACUGGUCGACUUCAGCAGCGGUAUGAGGCCGGUUGUCGCCUCGUCGCGGGGUGUAUCCCAUUUAGGUGGAGAGAUUCCGAGGAUAACUCUAAGAAGAUUGUUGAGGUGCUUAUGAUCAACUCGACUAGUGGACCAGGUCUUUUGUUUCCAAAGGGAGGAUGGGAGGAUGAUGAGACUGUUGAGGAGGCAGCAGAACGGGAAGCUUUAGAAGAAGCUGGUGUGCGAGGGGAGCUAAUGGAUUUGCUAGGGCAUUACCAUUUCAAAAGCAAGUUCAGCCAUGAGGGUGUGUGUAAAGCUGCAAUGUUUGCUCUACUUGUCAAGGAGGAACUGGAAUCAUGGCCAGAACAGAGUAUCCGGCAGAGGAAAUGGCUGGCCGUUCCAGAAGCAGUUGAACAUUGCAGGCAUGCAUGGAUGCGAGAGGCCCUUGAAGAAGGCUUCUCCAAGUGGUAUGCUGAUAAGAUGGAAGUAACAAACCAAUACCUAUGACGAUGCUGGUCCGGUCUGGUUAUUCAUCUGGAAUUUUAUCUUGUUUCUCCCCAUGUUCUGGGCUGUUGCUACCUCAUGUUAUAGACACCUUUAAGAUAUUUAUAUUCAACAGGAAAGAAGUUUUAGGAUAUCA